UCCUCCGCCUCGCCCCUGCCCACCGCCCCCAGUCGCCGGAGCUGCCGAGCGCUCCCCAUCGCCUCUCCGCCCUCCGCCGUCCCUCCCGCGGCAGCUCGGCCGGCACCGGAGCAGCGGAGCGAGGGGCGGCCCGGGGCCGCUGCCCCUUCCCCGCCGCGGGGCUGUGCGCGGUGGCGGCGGGCAUCGCCGCGGGUGCGCGGAGCGCGGAGCGGAGCCCGGCGCCGCCUCCAUGUUCCAGCUGCCCAUCCUCAAUUUCAGCCCGCAGCAGGUGGCCGGGGUAUGCGAGACCCUGGAGGAGAGCGGGGACAUCGAGCGCCUGGGGCGCUUCCUCUGGUCCCUGCCCGUGGCCCCCGCGGCCUGCGAGGCGCUCAACAAGAACGAGUCGGUGCUGAGAGCCCGGGCCAUCGUGGCCUUCCACACGGGGAACUACCGGGAGCUCUACCACAUCCUGGAGAACCACAAGUUCACCAAGGAGUCCCACGCCAAACUGCAAGCCCUCUGGCUGGAAGCGCACUACCAGGAGGCGGAGAAGCUGCGGGGCCGACCCCUGGGGCCGGUGGACAAGUACCGGGUGAGGAAGAAGUUCCCGCUGCCGCGCACCAUCUGGGACGGCGAGCAGAAGACACAUUGCUUCAAGGAGCGGACGAGGCAUUUGCUGCGGGAGUGGUACCUGCAGGACCCUUACCCCAACCCCAGCAAAAAGCGGGAACUGGCUCAGGCCACGGGACUUACCCCCACGCAAGUGGGCAACUGGUUCAAAAACCGCAGGCAAAGGGACAGGGCAGCAGCCGCUAAGAACAGGCUACAGCAGCAGGUCCUAACGCAGGGCUCGGUGCGCUCGCUGCCAGCGGAGGAGGAGAGCGGCGGGGAGGCGCUGGGGGCCGCCUCCAGCCCCGCAGCCAGCCUCUCCAGCAAAGCGGCCACCUCCGCCAUCUCCAUCACAUCCAGCGACAGUGAAUGUGACAUCUGACACCACGGCCGUGGCAAAGCGGGCGGAGAGGGAGGCCCGGCCCAGCGGUGCCUCGGACGCGGCCGGAGCGGCGGGGCUGGCGGUGCCCAACGCGGGGUACGGGGCGCUCCCCGGCCGCGCCGCCCUCCCAGCCCCGCAGCAGACUGCAUUAAAAAGCGUCGUUAAAAUCGUUGUCGCCUUUAUUUCGAAGGAUUUGCAGAACUGAUGCCUAAAAAGAAAUAAUUAAAGAAAGCCCAGAAAACGUAAAAAAAAAAAAAAAAAUCAUCAAGAAACCGAAUGCCAAGUUGCAAAAUGUUUGAGCGCCCGCUCUUAUCACGCGGGGUUGUUUCAUGUUGAAAAGACGCUGUUCUUUUGGUUGGGUUUUGCUUUACUUUAAAGGGUUUUUUAUAUAUAUAUAUAUAUAAUGUUUAUUUACUUAUUUAAGGGAUUGCUAUGGUAGAUUUUUUUUCUAUUAUUAUUAAUUAUUAUUAUUAUUUUUGGCUUGUUCUCUAUGUGCACAGGUGACUUGUAGAGCAUGUGCAGGACGAAACUGUAUGAAGCAGCC